GAAUGGGAGUCCAUCGAGGAGCCAGAUCGCCGCCGAAUUGGUCUUGUCCACGACUUGGAGGCUUCCUUCUGGAUGCCUUUAGAUGCUGUGACAAGGCUAUUCUCGGGUUCAUAUAUAUGUUUCCUUCCUAGUACAAAUAUCUUCAUGGCUUCUUUGACGCCAUCUGGAAUGCCCCAACGCGCCUGGAGAUUAACACAGCACCACUCUUCUUGGUAUGGUGAGCUAAGCGGGGGUGAUCUAUCUUAUCGUCAAUCCUUCUUGAAAAACCCUCAGACUUAA